UUUUCAUAUUUCUUUAAUUGUCUGACAUACUUGUAAAACUUGUGUUGUGCAUGUUUCGUCUUUGCAAACGUGGUCGAUAGCUAGGUUAGCCAGCUAGCAUUAGCAUCACAUUCCAGUCAUGUUUAUGGUGGAGUUACACACUGCACAGCGAGUUUAGCUAUUUGCAGUCAACAUACCAGCAGACAUGUGAACACCGCGAAGUAGCUAACUGAUAUGCAUAGCUCCAAUUUAACCCUAAUUUGGAGGAAAACGAACUCAAGGCUGUAAUAGUAGGUAGUGGAGGUGGUAUUGGUAGUCAAUCUGAAUAGUGUCAAUGCACAUGUUACACACUAUUGGAUCGUCUUUCACCGCAUCAUCGUAACUUCACCAAGCUGGCUCUCAUGGGAGCACAUCAAGAGGAUUCUGUGCAGCUGCAGACACUGACAAGGCCGGCGGUUCUUCACCAAGAACAUGGAGAAGAUGUCACGGGUUACCACAGCCCUCAGCAGCAGUGCCGCCAGUGGCCGAACUAUGUUCUGCCACUUGGACGCGCCUGCCAACGCCAUCAGCGUGUGCCGUGAUGCCACGCAGGUGGUGGUAGCCGGCCGCAACAUCUUCAAGAUCUACGCACUGGAGGAGGAGCAGUUUGUGGAGAAGCUGAAUCUACGUGUCGGGCGCAAACCCUCUCUCAACUUCAGCUGUGCGGAUGUUAUGUGGCACCAGAUGGAGGAGAACCUGCUGGCCACAGCUGCCACCAAUGGGGCAGUGGUCACCUGGAACCUGGGAAAACCCUCUCGUAACAAGCAGGACCAGCUGUUUACUGAGCACAAACGCACUGUCAACAAGGUGUGCUUCCACCCCACAGAGGUUUACAUGCUGCUAAGUGGCUCGCAGGAUGGCUUUAUGAAGUGCUUCGACCUGCGCAAGAAGGAGUCAGUUAGCACUUUCUCAGGUCAGUCAGAGAGUGUAAGGGAUGUCCAAUUCAGCAUGAAGGAUUAUUUCACAUUUGCUGCAUCCUUUGAGAAUGGCAACGUCCAGCUGUGGGACAUCAGGCGGCCGGACCGCUACGAGCGAAUGUUCACCGCCCAUACUGGCCCUGUGUUCUGCUGCGACUGGCACCCUGAUGACAGGGGAUGGCUGGCCACUGGGGGCAGGGACAAGAUGGUGAAAGUGUGGGACAUGACCGCGAACCGGGCCAAGGAGAUCUAUUGUGUCCAGACGAUCGCCUCAGUAGCACGGGUGAAGUGGCGACCUGAGAGGAAGUUUCAUUUAGCCACCUGUUCCAUGAUGGUGGAUCACAACAUCUAUGUGUGGGAUGUCCGCAGACCUUUCAUUCCCUUCGCCACCUUUGAGGAACACAAAGAUGUGACCACUGGUAUAGUGUGGCGCCACCAGCACGACCCUCAUUUUCUGCUCUCUGGCUCUAAGGAUAGCACACUCUACCAACACAUGUUCAAGGACGCCACUCGUCCCGUGGACAAGGCCAACCCCGAGGGUCUGUGCUUUGGACUGCUUGGUGAUUUGGCCUUUGCAGCCAAGGAGAGUCUUAUUAGCAGUGAUACCAACAGAAAGCCUUACCCUGGAGGCGACCGCCGCUACCCCAUCUUUUUCUUCAAGAAGCCCGACCCGACAGAACAGUUUGCCCAUGUGUCCAGCGCCCUUACCGUCUUUGAGACAGACUUGGACAGUAACCGCAUGGACUGGUUUGUCAAGACAGCACAACUCUACCUCCUUAGUGGGAAGCCGUUUGCUGAACUGUGUGAUCACAAUGCCAAGGUGGCCCGGGAGCUCAAAAGACCUCAGGUUUCCACAACAUGGACCAUGUUGAGAAUCAUGUUCUCUGACCCAGCAAACCUCACGCCCGGUCCAAACCACAACCUCAGUAAACUGGGCACCUUGCCUCUAAUGAACAGUUUCAGCAUGAAGGAAAUGGGUUCAGGGAUGGGCACAGAAAGCAGACUGGAGCGCAGUAAAGGUGAGAGCAGGCAGGACAACAUCCACCUGGAGCCUGGAAACUCACUCAUCAGCAAUAAUAAUGAAGAAAAUGAGGAGACAGAAGGCAGUGAGGGCCAGGCUGAGUAUAUGUUCGGUGAUGCCGAGUUAGAUGACGAUGACCUCUACUCUAUGGAGCAUGACAACCAAACAGAAGAACAGGAGUACACGCUGCCCCAGGAGGCCUUCCAGCUGCGCCACGAGAUCAUGGAUAACCCGUCUGCUCCAGAGCACCUUCAACAGGACAAGGCCGACUCCCCGCACGUCAGCGGCAAUGAGGCUGAAAUCACUUGUCUGACACCCAUCGAGUCCUUCUCACUCAUCUCCAUUUCCCAGCCGCUAUUCAGCCCACAUCUACCUGCCAGCUUCUUCUGUCCCAUUGUGCGGGAGAUGCUGAGCUACUACGCCGAGCAGGGCGACGUGCAGAUGGCCGUGUCUGUGCUUAUCGUCUUGGGGGACCGGAUCCGCAAAGAGAUUGAUGACCUCACCCAGGAGCACUGGUACAUGUCCUACAUAGACCUGCUGCAGCGAUUCGAGUUGUGGAACGUGUCCAAUGAGGUCAUCAAGUUGAGUACGUGCAGUGCCAUCACCUGCCUUAACCAGACGUCUACAACACUGCACAUCAACUGCAGCAACUGCAAGCGGCCAAUGAGCAACAGGGGCUGGAUUUGUGACAGGUGCCACCAGUGUGCCAGUGUAUGUGCAGUGUGCCACCAUGUGGUGAAGGGACUGUUUGUGUGGUGUCAGGGCUGCAGCCACGGUGGACAUCUGGAGCACAUAAUGAACUGGCUCAAGAGCAGCACCCACUGCCCUGCUGGCUGCGGUCACCUGUGUGAGUACACCUGAGCUCAUCACAACCACUGUUCACACAGCUGGUGCUCUGUGAGAGUGGGAAUCAGUCCUCACACCGGCCUGGAUCUCACACACACAAACACACCGCAGACAAACGAGACGUCUUCAUUCCUCCACAUGGGCCCGGAGUCUUUUGUCCCUGUGGAAAGAAGGGUGCUCUGUGCGUGUGUUUGAAGUGAGAUUAGUCAAAUGUCUGAUAUACUGAGUCUGAAGGAGGAAGAGGUUUAUAUGUGCUCUCCUUAACAGCCAUUCAAGAGCAAACACAAUCACAUGUGGAUUCAUAUUUGUAUUUGAAUUGGUGAUUUUGAACCAUUGGUGAAUUUGUAUAUAAGCAGAUGUUACAAUAGAUAUUCAAAGAAUAUAACAAUAUUUUUUGUGAAUUUACACUUGCUGCAUUUUACAUUGUUUUUAAACCCCUCAGUAAAAUCCUGAAGGCUGUACAAAAAGAAUUGUCUGCUCAUCAAAAGUGGAUUGUUAAUGUUUGUAAAUAAUAUGUAAACGUAUUUUGAAGGACUGUAGAUAAUGUUGAAUUAAUGUAUAUGAGAAAUAGUUCUCUAUUCAAGCAAUACAUAUUGAAUUGACACUUGAAGUUGUCCUGCACCAGUAUAUUCUGUUUCAUCAGUUGCAUUUACAGAAUAUAGCUCAACUUCCCUUCAGUGUAUACACAGCUUUUCUGAUGAAUCACAGUCACUGUAGACUGAAUUCAUGUGAACUUGCACUGAGCUUCAUAUAUUCAUUCAGCUGCACAUAUUCACACCUGGCAGCUGUCCCGUACAUCCAGUCUUCCCUUGUCUGCUGAGCAGUUCCAAUGGAGCAGUCAGGAUAAAAAAAGUCUUGCUCGAGGGCGCUUUAGUGAGAGGAAAAGAACACUACUACCAACCACACUUAAUUCUCAUGGGUCGUAGGAGCCUCUAGUCCACCAGCGAGACACAAUGUGUGCUGCUUAUCAUAGUUUGUAUACCUCACUAUUAGAGAAAUACACAACAGAUGAGUGUAUGGGCCAACAGAGACAACUUCUGUCCAGAUAAACCUCAACAGAACAGCUUUGUCUUGAGUGAAAUGUGACUGUUACUCUUAAGAAUCCCUGUUACAUCCCAGUACUGUGUGGCCUGAUGGCAACUGGUUGGAGAGUUUUACAGUCUAGUUGUCAGUUUUACUGGCAGACCUUCAUAACAUGAGUAAAUUAUCACUGAGAGAUGGAUAAUAUUUUAUCAGUCUAGUCUCAAGUCUGGUUGUGUUUAUUUGGGCACAUUUACAUUCUGGACGCUGCUCAGCAUGACAGGUGUUUGUCUUCCACUCCUGUCUGCCAUCAAGUGUGUAAAUCAACAGCAGAGGAUCAGUAAAGAUGAUAGUCCUCUGCCCUUUGACCUUUUUUUAAAAAAAUUUGUACUGAAAAUUCAGCUUUAGUGACACAUAAGCAUCCUGUAUUCUGGCACACAAAACAGGAAAGCUUUCACAGAUUUCAGAAUACAUACGAAUUUAAAAAAAUUGUUUUGUGUGCUUUCAGAUUUUCAGAACACAAACUUUGUCUUUCCCACAAUUUUGAAUGGGGCACAAACUAAAAUUUUAAUUUGAACAGUAGCUCAGGUGGUCAGUAAACGGCAUUAGAAAGAAAAUACUUUAUCACCCUUUUUUAUGACUGAACAUGUGACUUGUACAGUAAUCAUCAUCUCUAGUAGUUUUCAAUCUUUCCCAUUAACAAAUCUACAGUUGUCCUGUUAAUCAUGAGGGCAGAGCAGUGAUGUACGAGGUGGGCGGAGUCUGUGCUCAUUUAAAAACCUGCAGGCCUGAGGCUGGUGUAUCGGAUCAGCUGCUAAAGCUAAUCUCAGCCAACAUCCAUAUCGCACCAAGGUUGUAACUGAGCAGCAACUGUCAUCACAUCGAUUUACCGCCAAAGCCCCAGGCACAAUAGAGGAUUUUCAGAUGUACUCUGUAUGAGGACAUCCCAACAAUCAGGAGGGGAAUCCCUGACCCAGAGGCUCAAUCGGCACAGAACUGCCCUGCGCUUUAGUGUUAGCAAGUGAAAUAUUGACCACAUCAAUAGUCAGACUAAUCUGAGCCACCUGAUUAAACAUUUGGACAGGCUCUGGAGCGUCAGGGAAUCAAGUCCAGGAGUGAAGAAAAGCAAUAUUCAGUGUUGGUUAAUGAGAGAAAUAAGUGGUAAAUAUCUCCAUAUAUUCCACACAUCUGCUUAGGUCUAAUGCAGAGCCCAGUGAGCACCAUAAAUCCGGAGAAAAUAAAAUAGAGGUUUUAUAAGGAAUAAAAAAAGAAACCACAGACAAAUGUUAAACAAAAUUCAAGUAAAAUAUUUUUAAUGCACAAGUCUACAACACCAUAGCCCUUUAUACAAGAUUGUUUUUUUUUUUUAUUUCUACUUUAUGCAUUCUCAAAUCAGCGCCACAAAUUAUCACAAAGUCAUGAAUAAUUUUGCAGUUUUCUGCUGCUUCUUAAAGAUUUAACAGGGUUCCAAAUGAAAGUCUCCACCCUUUUUUUUGUUGUCCUAAUGCAAGCUGUAGACCUCAUUUUACUGCUACUUGACUUAUCAUGGAAUCUCUCCUAACAGGACUAUGCUGCUCGUCUGUAUUUCUAUUUUUAUUUACUGUUUGGAUCAUUUUGUCCAUGUGUGUAUAUAAUCACUCAGCUUUUCAUCUGUCUCUGCUAAAAUAAAUGCUAUGGGACUUA